UUUACGCUCUUGAAAAGUACUCUUUACAAUGAACAAUUGAACAAUAAAAUAAGCAAUUUGAACUAUAUAAGUUCAUGAAAGACUGAAUAAGUUCACUUAUUCAUUUCAGUGACCCGUUCACAUCAACUUUUUCAACAACUCUUGUUGAAAUGGGCUAACAAAGAGAACAACCAAAGCCAAAUCCUCAGUGCUAAUCUCUCCUGAAAUAUAUGUAAUUUGACGUUUGCACAAGAUGGAGGUGGAUCAGCUGACGUUGGCCGAUGUGGUCUUCGUGAUAGAAAGCAGUGCAAUCAAUGGAGCCUAUAUAAACGAACUUAAAACUAAUUACAUUCUGCCCACUUUGGAGCACUUUACCCAAGGCUCAAUUGAUGAACGCGAAUUCCUAAUUGCUGAACGUUAUGCUACACUUUAUGGUAUUGUCACAUACCGCACGGCCUCUAAUCUCAUGGAACCCGUUUGUGCCACAUAUGGACCAUUUGUGCAGCCACAGAAGGUGAUUGAGACAAUUGAAAGAUUACCCCUCGUCGGUGGUGGCAUGGAAUCGCAUGCGCACAUGGCCGAGGGAUUUGCAGCUGCACACGGCUGCUUCGAUGAGAUGAACGAGCAGCGUCACAUGAUGGAACAGGCGAAUCUGCAGCGUCACUGCAUACUGAUAUGCAACAGUCCGCCGUAUCAGAUGGCUGUGAAUGAAUCGUGGAAGUACAAGGGCAAAUCCUGUGAACAGCUGGCGGCACUAUUCAAUGAGCGCAAAAUCAAUCUCUCAAUCAUUGCUCCACGCAAGAUUCCUGUGCUCUUCAAGCUGUACAUGAAGGCCGAUGGGGAUCAGCCUAUAACGACUAAGAACUAUGCCAAGAAUAUUCGACAUUUGGUCCUGCUCAAGGGCUAUAGCCUGAAGGAGCGGGCACCAAGUCCCAACAGCAUGGCUGUUAACCAACAAAUGGUGGCUCCACCAAAUGCUGCACAAGCACAAGCACUAAACAAUCCAAAUGGACAACAGACGGUGCCGGGACAGAACAUUCCCAUGGAAACGAAUGCAGCACAGCAGCAACAACAACAACAACCAGGUCCAACACAGCAACAGCAGCAACAACAGCAGCAGGUGAUGAACAUGAACAACAUGCAGGCUCAGCAGCAGCAACAACCUGGUGCCGGAACACAGGCGGGUCUCUUGAACGCUCAACAACAGCAACAGCUCUUGCAGCAGCAGCAACAGCAGCAACAACAGCAACAACAACAGAAUCAGUUUGUACCGAAUCAAAUGCAGAAUGCAAACUUUACCCAGAAUGUUGUGCCCGGCCAGAAUCGUUGGAUGUAUCCGAAUCAACCUGGUCAACGUCCGGCCUUUAUGCAGCCAGGUGGCAAUAAUAUGCAGAUACAACAGAAUCAGAAUCCCAAUCCAACGUUAAUUUCACGCAUAAAUGCGCCGCCCAAUCAAACAGUCAGUUCAAUUCAGCAGCAGCAACAACAGCAGCAGCAGCAGCAAUUGCAACAGCAACAACAGCAACAAAGAUUGCAAAUGUUAAACCAUCAACAGUUUAAUCAGCUGCAACAGCAGCUUGCACAGCAGCAACAGCAGCAGCAGCAGCAACAACAGCAACAUCCACAACAGCAACAACAGCAGGUUAAUCCCAAUGCUAAUGCCAACAUGAUGCCAGCCGUAUCCAGUGCGGGCAACGUACCGUCCUUGCAGCAACAGACGGGACCACAACAACAACAACAACAGCAGCAGCAGCAACAACCCAACCAGCAGCAGGUGCAACAACAGCAGCAGCAGCAACAACCACAGGAACAAGCUUCGCUGCGUGAAAAGAUCUGGACCGGUGUGCUGGAAUGGUCGGAGAAGACUAAGAACGAUCAACAAAAGAUUCCACAUACACUACAGUGCACGGUCUGCACCAAUAUUAAGGACGGAGAGCCCGAAAUCAAGGCGGACAAUUGGCCGCCAAAGUUGCUGAUGCAAUUGAUGCCCAAACAUUUGGUAGGCAACAUUGGCGGUCAGUUUCUGAAGGACUCCAAAAUGGUGGUGUUUCGUCCGACGCCUGGUGAAGCACUCGAUUCACUGGCCAAAAUGAUGACAUCUGGUUUCGCCGGUUGCGUGCACUUCUCGGCCAUGGCCAAUACGCCAGCCUGCGACAUUAAAGUGCUCAUUUUGUUGUAUACGCCGGAUCGAAAUGCGUUCCUUGGCUUUAUACCCAAUAAUCAGACCAUGUUUGUGGAGCGUUUGCGCAAGGUGAUACAACAGAAGCAAUCACAUGGCAAUCUGCAACAGCAGCAGCAACAACAACAGCAGCUGCCGCCGCAACAGCAACAGAUGCAACAAAUGCUGCAACAGCAGCAGCAACAGGGCAAAUCUCCCAUGGAAUUACAGCAGCAGCAACAACAGCAGCAACAGCAACAACAGCAGCAGCAGCAACAAAUGCAGCAAGACAAUUCACAGCAACAACAGCCACAUUAUAAUCAGUAUGCCCAGCUGAAUAUGCAAAUGGGCGGCGUUGCUGGCGGCAAUGGAGCAGGAGGAAUGCCAAUGCAGCCGCAAAUGCAAAUGAAUAUGAUGCAACAGCAGCAACGGAUGCCGCUGGGCGUUCCCGGUCCAAAUCCCAAUUUGCAGCAGCAAUUACAACAGCAGCAGCAGGUGCCACCAAAUGUUGCUGCCAUGCAGCAGCAGCAGCAACAACAGCGCAUGGUGCGUCCCAUGCUGGGCAACAACAAUCCGGGCCUGCGACAGUUGCUGCAACAUCAAACGGCCGGCAAUCAGUUCCGGCCCCAAAUGGGCGGACAACAGAAUCAAAUGGGAGCCGGCGGUCCAAUGGUUGGCAAUCGCAACUUUGACGAUAGCGGCUAUGAAUUUAUGUAACAUUUGUAAUUUGUAAUUCUCUUUGUUUAUGUCCAAGUGUAAUGCAAUUUUUAAAGAAGAUUGCUAAAGAUACAAACUGGUUUGUAAAUUAUCAAGUUUCUCAAUUUUGUAAACAUUUAAGUUAUUCAUAAAUAACACAUAUAUAUAUCUAA